CUCCCCCCAAUCUCUCUCAUCUAUCUCUCCUUCUUCGACUCUCUCGUCUCAUCCCUCUCUCUCUCUCUCUCUCUCUCUCUCUCUCUCUCUGCGGCAAAAUUCCAGCAAAAAUAAUUCCCAUAUGAUUAAAAUUUUCUCUUCUUCUUCAUCAUCUUCUUCUUCUUCUUUUGCGUCUUCUCCAUCUCCAUCGAUCCCGAGGAAGCAGCCUCUCUUACGUAAUCUCUUACUGCCCCCUUCAUCAUCCAUCUCCCUCCUCCUCCCCGCCCGCCCGUCUCCGCAGCAAUACUGAAGCCAUCAAUCAUCCAAUUCAAUGGAAGAUCUAGGGUUUACUCCGCUCCCCCUCCGAUCCACUCGUUAGCAUUCCUCGCCAUGCUCGCUCUAGCACUCCCUAGGCGGAUAUAAUCCUCGCCGCGAUCGAGUUUUGAGCUUCGAAAUAACUAAAUCUGAGGCUUUCUGAUCUGCGAUACAGCUGCUUUUUAUGCCGUUUUCUGUCGUUCCGGUGGAUGAGCUGUAGAGAACUUUGUUGCCUUCGAUGAAUGAUAAAAUGGCGGAUGCUGUUGUUGGCGAGGUCGGGUGUUCCCUGGACACUGACCUUUUACAGCUCAACGAGGUGUCCUCGUUUGCCCUCAAGUCGCACCCUGGCUUUGUCGACAAGGUCUUCGACCAGUGGCUCUCACUUCCCGAGACCGAUCGACUGGUAAAAUCAUUGCUUAAUGAUGCAAAGGCAGGCCUUUCUUUGAAUGUUUCUGGCAGCUCUUCCAGUACAGCAUCUGCUGCAGGCAAUUCUUUGCCGUCCAUGUUUCCUGCCGGCAGUGCACCUCCACUUUCUCCCAGAAGUACAUCUGGAUCCCCUCGUGUAAUGAAACAGAGAGCUGGCCCUUCUAAUUUAGGUUCUCCUUUGAAAGUGGUCAGCGAGCCUGUCAAAGAGUUAAUACCCCAGUUUUACUUUCAAAACGGUCGCCCACCUCCAAAGGAGCUGAAAGACAAAUGUUUAAUGAGGCUUAACCAAUUUUACUUUGUCUACCCUGAAGGACUGAAGCCACCUGAAUUCAAGUUAGUCACGAGAGAAAUUUGCAAGCUGCCAUCUUUUUUCUCAACAUCCCUAUUCGGAAAGAUUGAUGUUAAUAACACAGGCCUUGUGUCAAGGGAUGCAUUCCUCGAUUAUUGGAUCAACAGCAACAUGAUGACUCUGGAUACAGCCACCCAAGUUUAUAGGAUUUUAAAACAGCCUGAUCUCAAAUACCUCACUCAGGAAGACUUUAAGCCUGUGCUUAGAGAACUUUUGGCUACUCAUCCUGGACUAGAAUUUUUGCAAAGUACCCCUGAAUUCCAGGAAAGAUAUGCCGAAACUGUUAUAUACAGGAUAUUUUACUACACAAAUAGAUCUGGAAAUGGACGUCUUACCUUAAGGGAGCUCAAACGUGGAAAUUUGAUAGAUGCAAUGCAACAUGCGGAUGAAGAAGAGGACAUUAAUAAAGUCCUGAGGUACUUCUCUUAUGAGCACUUCUAUGUUAUUUACUGCAAGUUCUGGGAGCUGGACACCGAUCAUGAUUUCUUGAUAGACAAGGAGAACUUAAUCAGAUAUGGGAACCAUGCGCUUACGUACAGAAUUGUUGAAAGAAUAUUCUCACAGGUUCCUAGAAAGUUCACUAGCAAAGUGGAAGGGAAGAUGGGAUAUGAAGAUUUUGUUUAUUUCAUAUUGUCUGAGGAGGAUAAAUCGUCUGAGCCUGGUCUUGAAUUCUGGUUCAGGUGCAUUGAUUUGGAUGGCAAUGGAGUUUUGACGCGGAAUGAGUUGCAAUAUUUUUAUGAGGAGCAAUUGCAUCGAAUGGAGUGCAUGGCCCAGGAACCAGUGUUGUUCGAGGACAUUUUGUGCCAGAUAAUUGAUAUGAUUGGUCCAGAGAAUGAGAGUUAUAUUACUCUACAUGACUUGAAAGGUUCUAAGCUCUCUGGAAGUGUUUUUAAUAUUCUUUUCAACCUCAACAAGUUUAUGGCUUUCGAGACUCGUGAUCCCUUCCUAAUUCGCCAGGAGCGUGAGAAUCCCACCUUGACUGAAUGGGAUCGUUUUGCACAUCGAGAGUAUAUUAGGCUUUCAAUGGAAGAAGAUGUUGAAGAUGCCUCUAAUGGCAGUGCAGAAGUGUGGGAUGAAUCACUGGAAGCUCCUUUCUGAAAGUACCCAUUUGGCCGCAGAUUAGGUGCUUGAGGGCCAGAUCAUUCUUCGAGACAAGCAGCUCAUUAUUGGGUGAAGCUUGGAACAGUCCCCAAACGGGCUUCUGCAGAGACUUUUAACCUUUACUGUGGGCCACCCGUCUUCACAACCUGCUUUCAUUAUUCACAGGAUGAUCGAACCUUUUGUGUUUGAAAAUGAUUGGCAACAGGAGUUUCCUGAGCCUCCAGCUCUCUGAAGUUACCAAAGUGAAGGUCUAUUGGGAGGAGAGGUAACGAGUCGAGACUGAUCAAAAUUGAUGCCCAAUGGAUUCUUUCCCUUCAUUGUAAAAUAUACCAUUACAUGCUCUUCUUUUAGAGAUUUAUAUCAUCGAUCGUUUUCUCCAGCUUGAAUUUUUGAAUUGUUAGUUUCGAUCCUCCUAAUGUACCGGCAGUAGUCCGUUUUUUUAUUCUGGGAAGGUGGCAUAGUUUCUCUCUUCAUCUCUUGUUUGGCUUGGUGGGUUAGAUUAAUGAAUGCUCAUUGAUAGAUCGAUUCUCAUAAGUUCUUUUACUUUCCUUAUAAUUGGGAUUCUGAGACAGUUUUCCAAUCGUUCAAUAAAUGUUUUGUCACAUUGGUUUGGUCCAA